AUGGAGCGGUUGAACCGUCGAUUGAUCGAAGCCCAACUUCCAGAAGAAGCCCUAAAGGUGGCUCGCCGCGAGCUUAAACGUAUCAACCAAUUGCAUCCUACAUCGACAGAGUGGGCAGUUAGCCGUAACUAUCUAGAAUGGGUCACAGAUUUACCAUGGAGUAACAAAUCAAAUUCUGUCCUGGACAUUAAACGCGCUACACAUCAAUUGAGCCAAGAUCACUUUGGACUGGAACAUGUAAAGAAGAGAAUUAUCGAGUACUUGUGUGUAGCGAAACUCAAGGGAGAUCUAAAGGCUCCAAUUUUGUGUUUUGUCGGACCACCUGGUGUAGGCAAAACAUCUCUUGGAAAAUCAAUUGCUAUCUCACUUUCUCGAGAGUUUCAUCGUAUAUCCCUUGGUGGAGUUCAUGAUGAAGCAGACAUGCGAGGACAUCGUCGUACAUAUGUAGGCGCAAUGCCAGGACUUAUAAUUCAAGGCCUUCGCAAAUGUGGCGUGAAUAAUCCUCUUUUUCUUCUAGACGAGAUUGAUAAACUCGGUCAGACUUCCAACCAUGGAAACCCAGCUGCAGCAUUAUUGGAGAUCCUGGAUCCUGAGCAGAAUAAUGCAUUUUCAGAUCAUUACCUUAACAUGCCAUUUGAUCUGUCUGAUGUUCUCGUGAUUGCUACAGCAAAUUCACUCGACACUAUUCCCGAACCUUUAGUAGAUCGUAUGGAGGUUAUUCAACUUCAUGGAUACACAUUUGACGAAAAACUUCAUAUUGCCAAAGCACAUCUUCUCCCAAAGCAGAUCAUGGAGCAUGGUAUGGAUCAAAGUCAGAUAUCUAUAAAUGAUGCCGUCCUUUUUAAACUGGCCGAAAGUUACACUCGCGAAAGUGGCGUGCGCCAACUUGAACGCACAAUAGCCACGCUUGUUCGUGCAAAAUGCGUUGAGUUAGUCCACCUUACAGAGUCUGGUCGAGGUCAAAAUUAUCGUUCAUGUAUUCGAUUAGAUGACCUUGAUUCGCUUCUAGGCUCCCCAACUUUUGAAAAAGAGGUAGCCGAGAGAGAUUCACAGCCUGGAAUUGCUACUGGCUUAGCUUACUCUGGAAGUGGACAGGGUGGUAUUCUUUUUAUUGAAGCCACAAAAAUGCCUGGCACCGGAAAACUUCAACUGACAGGAUCACUGGGUGAAGUUAUUAAAGAAUCUGCUAACAUUGCCUUGAGUUGGGUAAAAUCUCAUGCUGAGAUUCUCAAACUUGGGUCUGGAAAAAAUAUCAAUAUUAUGGAUCGAUGUGACGUUCACAUCCAUGUUCCAAACGGUUCAGUGCCCAAGGAUGGACCAAGUGCGGGGAUUACGCUUGUAAGUGCUCUGGUCUCUCUAUUUUCGCGACACGCCAUACCAACUACCACAGCAAUGACUGGCGAGAUAUCACUCCGCGGACAAGUCUUGCCAGUGGGUGGAAUCAAAGAAAAAGUGAUUUCAGCUCAUCGAGCAGGUAUAACCAAAAUUAUCUUGCCAUAUCGCAAUAAGAAAGAUGUUACAAACGACAUUCCUGAAAAACUUCAAAAGGAAAUGGAAAUUGUCUAUGCAAAGACCAUAUGGGAUGUACUACGUGCUGCUCUUGUCAGUGAUGGCACAAAAAAUGCAUGGGUAGCUCCACCCUAUGAAAGCGUAUUGUAA